CUCAACAAAAACUCGUGCGUCAAACCUGCCUCGACGACAGCGACAGUGAGCUGACCUAGCCCCUCCUCGUUCUCGACUCUACGCUCUCGCUCUCCGCUUUGCCAUUAUCCCCGUCGCUGUCGACAACCUCGAAAUCUUGAACCCAACCCAAUCCACACACCCACAGGCCAAAGAUGAAGGACCUUUCUUCGGUCGAGACCCUCGCCAUCCCCGCCGACGUGACCGUCAAGGUCAAGGCCCGCACCAUCACCGUCACCGGUCCCCGCGGUACCCUCACCAAGAACGUUGGCCACGUCGCCAUGGACAUCCAGAUUGUCGGCCAGAAGGUCACCUUCACUGUCUGGCACGGUGGCCGCAAGCACGUUGCUUGCCUCCGCACCAUCAAGUCGGCUGUUGAGAACAUGAUCACCGGUGUCACCAAGGGCUUCCUCUACAAGAUGAAGCUCGUCUACGCCCAUUUCCCCAUCAACGCCAUCCCCGCUGCCGACGGCGCCUCGAUCCAGAUCCGCAACUUCCUCGGCGAGAAGAUCGUCCGUGACUGCCCCAUGCUCGAGGGCGUCAAGGUCUCCCUCUCGGACAUCAAGGACGAGCUCAUCAUCCAGGGCAACGACAUUGAGAAGGUCUCCCAGUCGGCUGCUUCCAUCACCGACAAGACCCGCGUCAAGGAGAAGGAUAUCCGCAAGUUCUUGGACGGCGUGUACAUCUCCGAGCGCACCAACGUCGUUCAGGACGAGUAGAGGGCUUUGGACAUGGCCAGAUCGUAGUAGGCACAUGUACCAUCAUUCGCAUA